AACUAUUGUGCUGUGUGUUUGUUAUCUGGGAGGAUUGGAAAAUUUAGAGCCACGCUCUUUAGCACACAAGUUUCGUAUUUUGCGGAUAGGGACAAUUUUUUCGGGAAAGUUGUUUGGCUGGUUUGCCAGUUUACGUAUUUUGAUUUAUAUUUGAUUAGCAUGUACUCAGCCAGGAAAGAAACACAAAGGAAGAAAAGUAUACAGCGCAUUGCGUUGGUAGUGGUGCAGCUCGUAUAAUUCAGUGCUAAUAGAUGCCACAGAUGAAUGAUCGGUCUAAUGUGUACCAACUGUGGCACUGAUAAUGGACAGUCGUUUUAUCUUAUCAGCCAUAGUGUAGCAAACGUGGUCUCUGCGAAAAGUUUCUAUCUUUUGUUGUUGUUUUUAAAGCACAACCACGCGAAAUUGACAACAGUUGUGAAACUGGUGCGACAGGACUAGACAUGAUUUUUCCGAAUGUGAUCUAAAAAUAACCUAAUUCAAAAUGCGGAAAUAAAGUAACCUCCUGCGAAAAGUUGAAAUUCGUGAAAAAAUAUAACAAGUGAAUAAACAUAUACCUACCGUCGUUUUGUAAACACUUUUAAUAUAUAGAUAAAACCAUAACAUAAAAGAAGACAAAAAAGAAUAAAAUCAACACUAGAGCUAAAAGCAAGCUGUCGGAAAAGAAACGCAAACGCUGUUAGAACACGGGCAACGCAAAUAUAGACGCAGCCGAAUGUUGGUGAGCGGUUCACCCAGAACCUGCAACGAGUGAUCAGUCACACAUUGGUAGUUACGAUUGGCCGAGAGAGCGCACAACAAAAACGGAUAUGAGCGGUGUUGGCAGUGGUGGACACGGCACCGACAGCGGCAACAUCGGCUUUUCCAGCAUUCCAGAGUUUUACGACCAGUCCAGCGUGAGCAGCGUCAGCACGAUUAAGCUCGAGUCAACGUCACCCAGUCCGUCCCCAAGUACCACCACUUCCAUGAUGGACGCAUUGAGUAGUAACCCGAUUUUGACAACGGCUUCGGUUCCGAUUCCAUCUCGCAGUGCAAAUCAGCGAGCGAUGAUAACGGAUCUGUCGGAUUAUGUUUUCGAUAUUGAUCAGUCCCAGUCGCCCCAGAUGCUACAGGACAUCAGUUUUGUGACAACGGGCUCCAAUUCCGGGCUUCACACAUCGACCCCAGUCGAUACUAUUUUUACACUGCAAAACAUAUCUGAAAGUGGCUUCAUAAGUGACGGCAUCCAGAUCGGUACAACGAACGUUAGUGGCUUCGGCACGAAUGAAAUCUGGACAACAGAUUCGUUUGGACAGAUUGUUUCGCCAUCUUCAACAGUAUCCUCUACACCAAACGCGGUUGGCCAACAGGGCCAGUUCCAUAUGGAUGAAGACGAUAUUUAUCAGCUGGAAAAAGAUGAACUGAUAAGUGGUCUGAAUGACAUUUUCGCCACCGAUCUGUUGCAUGAAGAUUUUAUGAUGUUGAACCCUUCCUUGAGUCAUCCAUCGCCCAAUCUCAGUGGAAACAGUGGAAGUGGAAGCGCUAUUCACUUGUCGCCAAGCCUGCCACAGCAAAUUUUACGUUCCAAUACAAAUACAAGCACAAAUAACAAUUUGUUAAUGACCCUCGGAAGUAACGUACAGUUAACGAGUGAUUUACUGCUUUCGACAACGUGUGAACUUUACGACGAUCGUUCUCAGAUAUCUACUUCUCCGUACACAUCCAACCAAAUCAAUUCGCCAGCAGCUUUCUCACCAGGAAGCCACAGCUCCAGUCCGUCACUAGGCUAUUCACAAACACUAACCCCUCCACCUCAGAGCCAUGGCCAGCAGCAGCGUCAAUUGAAUACGUUAAAUAACAACCGCAUGAUCAAGGUCGAAAGUCCAGAACAAACAAAGACUCAAAAUGUAACCAACAAUAAUGUCGUUCGUAGUCCGAACAACGUGGGCCAAGUCCAAUACAAUCCAAAGUAUUCAACACUGCAACAAUUGCUAAUGAGCAACACGGCGGAUCGAACUGGAUUAUUACUCGGACAGUCCGUGCCUGGUAACAGCUCCUCCGUUCUGAUAAGCGGAACAUCGCUUAGUCCGGGUGGUUUUAGUGGGCGCCGUAUACUGCACCAUCGACAAGCUCAGGCUGGUUCAAGUCACUCAGGUAUUGGAGGAGCUGGCAGCGGUGGAGGCACGAGUGGUGGUACUAUGUCCCGGUUGUCCUCCUCGGCUCCUACCCACAUCGGCAUGGACAUGAUGAUGUGGCAACGUAGGGAACCACGACCGCAUCUGCUUUCUACUGGAAGCCUUGCUGAAGCUGGAUCAACUUCUUCCCUGAGUACCGGAAGUGUACUGAGUCCAGAAGCACCAGAUUUCUCUCACGACGAAGGAUACUCGGAUGACAGUGAUCAUUACGAAGAUUACUCCAGUCAUGAUGAGGACUCCGACACAGAGGACCCAAGCCGGAUCUCCGGUGGGACAUUAUCCAGUUCGAAAGCAAAACGGUAUUUUUGGCAGUACAACGUGCAAGCAAAAGGCCCGAAGGGCCAACGGCUGGUUAUUAAAACGCAGAUGGAAGAUCCGCACGUGCUGAACGAAGUUACCGAUCCGGUUUUCAGUCCACACUGUUCGGUUCGCGGUAUCAAGAACCUUCGUUUACAGCACAGUGGCAAAGCCCGCAAGGGAGACGGUAACGAUCUGACGCCCAAUCCGAAAAAACUGCACAGCAUCGGCAAGGAACUGGACAAGCUGGGUCGGGUGAUCAACGAUAUGACACCGGUCAGCGAGCUACCGUUCAACGCGCGACCCAAAACGCGAAAGGAGAAGAACAAGCUCGCCUCGAGGGCCUGCCGGUUGAAGAAAAAGGCACAGCAUGAAGCCAACAAGAUCAAGUUGUACGGACUUGAGACUGAACACAAACGUCUGAUCAAUGGCAUCAACCAAAUGAAACAGAUCCUGGUGAGCAAAUGCAGCCAAAAUCCAACCGAGCCCUCCGAAGAGCAUAAACAGCAGUUGGAAACUUUGGUCCAAGCUGCCACAAAAAUUAAAAUCGCUGGUAACUCAACGGAAUUUGUCAACAAAAUUUUGGAGAACAUCAAGGCCGGCAACAACAUUUCCGUCGACAAAGCGCUGGAAGAUUUCUAGGUCAGCGGUGCCGUAAGGAAGGAUGGGCGUGGGACGACCACCAAACCGAAACGAUUUGAAUGAUGAGACUGUAAGAUAAUACUAGACUCUAAGAAACGGAUGGAACAUUUAUAUCUUCUGAACACAUUAUGGUCUAUAAUGGAAAAUAAUCAGUCGUAAUAUCUAAAGAAAAAAUCUUAAAAUGCAGUGCACAUGAUACACUAUUUACCCUCUAUAUAUUUUGUACGAAUGACGCAAUCGAGCACAACAAACGCAACGGCCAUCAAUUGUGAUUAUUUUUAUAUUAUUCGGACACUACUUAGAAGGAUGCAAGCCAACCGGCUGAUCAAUAUCAGGGAGCGCAAGAGUAUAAUAUAUUUUCUUGUAGUGAUCUGUCGUGACUAAUCGUGAAGGCACAGUGAAACUGGAUUCCUCACUCGUAAAGAAUGCGGUGAUAUCUGAUUAACGGUUCAACCGAGUGAUAGGGCAGCAAAAGUUCAGGUCGAUUUCACCUCCGAGAAAAAAAAGGAGUAUAAUGUUAAACACGGGAGACAAAAGGCGAACGAACACAGAGUGCUCCUUGCUAAUAAUUGAGAUUAGGAAGCUCGAAAAAUUGUGAAUUUUCAAAGUAUAACUUAUAAUCAGCUGUUUAUGGUGUGAACGCAGGUUGUGGUGCUUGAUUUGAAUCUAUAGAGCAUUCGCCAUUAGAUUCCGAUUCGGCAGCUGACAGCAGUAUGAGGAAAAAUUAAAAAAGGAAGUAACUGAUGAUGAUAACUUAUGUACCUUAUAUAUUCAUAUGAUUAACUACCGAUUAAGCUCCAGUUUGUAUGGAUAUCACUAUAAGAGAAUUUUUUAUCGAGUGGUAGCAUUAAGCAGGAAGUUGGCCACAGUGUUGCAAAUGUUUCAGAGCUGGCAAAGUUUUACUAUAUAUAUUGCAAAACAAUUAUCUCUAUUCGAUUACUUUACUCUUCUUGUUAAUCAUUAGGACAGAAAUGUCCAGUUGUGAGCAUGAUUCUAUAUUGUACGCAAUAGGUAAGCCUUUUCUUAUUUCAUUUGCUUCGGGAAAGUGAAAAUGACUUGUUUUGUUCUGUAAAUUACAGAGAGCUUAUAUAAAAGGCAUAUAACUACCAUAUUUCUCAAAUGGAACGUAGGAAAGACGAUGGACAGUUUUCACUUUUUUGAAAAUUUCAGUUCUACCGGUUGGUAGCGAAAUGUUUCAGUUACGGUACUAAACUAGUGGUACGGCAGGCGUAAAACGAGUGUCUUCGCACGAACCAAUUUGCAAUAGUCAUUACCUUUCCAACGAUGCAUUUAUAUAACAGUGUGUGUUAGUGUUGCUGAAACAUUUUGCAAACUUCUGGGAGUUGCCAUAAUGUUUUUACAUCUGAAGUUAUGUUCAAGUUUUCCAUUUUGUAUUUUUUUUUAGUUUGUUCUUAUUAUACAACAUCUGUGAUUACCUUUGUUAGUGAGUGUCUUUUUUGGUUUUUUUUCCUUUUUAGCGCUAGGAAUUAGGGUUGUAAAAGGUUUGCGUAUUUGUUAAGAGUAGGGUUAUGAAAAUUUAAAAAAAAUCAUUGACGAUGUUGGCAAGAGUAGUUUUAAAUUGAAAACGAUAUUAGACGGUUCCUAAUGAGUUCGAUCGAGAAGGCAAACAACAUAUUACUGUACUACACACCAUUUCUUAGUUUUCUCCGAACAUGGAGCUGGACUCGGGGCUAAUAAAAUGCAUUUUAUUGUAAUUUACCGAUUGUUCAACAAGCUAGCCAGCCUAAAAGUGGGAAUUCUAUCCAUAAUUUUUCAGUCUGAGUUCUAAACGCUUCAACAGAUCAAAAUAGCGUUUGAGCGGGCACAACAUUUUGUGCAGACUGAAAGGGAGCAGAGAAAACAUGCCGAUUACCUUGAAAAAAAAUCUUGUGUAGGUACCUGUACGAGCAACCAAGUAACAAAACAGAUAUUUAGGAAUCUACGAAUAGUUUUAGUGUUAAACAAAAAAAUCAAUCUGGUCAAAACUGCUACCUCAUAAAAUUGACAAACUCAAACGAUAGCACGAAAAUACCAAACCAACAAACAAGAAGUAACGCUAAAAAGUCAUCGUAGGAAAAAUACGGUGAUAAUCAAUAGUUUUGAUCAAGCUAAACAACAGCGCAACGACGACGAUGAUCGGCAUCGGAUUAACAAACUACGAGUAUGAUAGUUGCCAUAAACAUGUAGAAGGCUCCAAUAGGGACACAAAACAAACAUACAAAACGAAAGUGUCGUUAAAAACGCACCACGAAAAGACUUGCAAAUGUCGCUACCAUAGAUUUGAUUUCCAUGAAACGGGAUACUAUGCAUACACCUUGAACUAAACAACAAACUUUUUUUUCAAAAAAAAAAAAAAACUACCUACAUCUAAACUCUAUUUCAACAAAAUCCCCUCAUUGGAAAAAAUCACUAUAAUUGAACUAUAUUUAUAAAUAGGUACUAGCGUGGUUCAGCUAAUAUUCUGAAAAAAUGUAAUAGCUGUGCUUAUGUUGGCUAAGAUGAGAUGAACAUACAAAUAAAAAAUCUAAAACUUAAA